AUGGAAGAAAGAGCAGCUGAUUUAAAAGAAUUACCAAGUAUUUUAGGAGUGAAACAUGAACAAUCUGAGAAAACCAAUGCAUAUAUUGCCAAUGUAAUUUCAACUGGAAACAUAAACCCAGAGGGAUUUACAGAAUGUUCAUCUUUUUAUGACACAAAACCACAUUUAUUUUCCACAUCUGAAAACAAAAAUCCUGAUGUACUAUCAGAAUUUAAAACAAGUGAAGACCAAAAAUCUUUUGAAGAUGUAAAACCUGAUGUUUUAAAAGUAGAAGUAAACUUUUUGCCAGUGGCAAAUCUAAAUGAAAAUCUUUCUCACAUAAAGACAGAGAUAUUAAAUAAUAUAGAAGAGGUCAAGGAUACGUUUAUAAACAUGGAUAAUUCAAUAUUUGAUCAAAGUGCUCAUUUGAAAAGAAAUAAUUUAACUCAUUCUGAAGAGAAGUCACAUGACUGUGAUGUGUGUCAUAAAAAGUUUACAAGAAGGACUCGCCUAUAUCACCAUGAAGCUAAUCAUUCAGAAGAGUUGCUAUAUGAAUGUGAUGUGUGCCAUAAAAAAUUAGUUACCAGUUCUUCUCUAAUUAAACAUAAAGCUAUUCAUUCAGCACGAAAGUCAUAUGACUGUGAUGUGUGCCAUAAAAAGUUUACUGCCAGUUCUUCUCUAAUUAGGCAUAAACCAGAUAUUGUCAAUGAAAUUUCAGCUGAAUACAUAAAACAAGAGGAGUUUUCAGAAAUUAAUGAUACAAAAGCAAAUGUAUUGUCAACAUGUGAAAACAAAAAUCAUGAUUUAUUAUCAGAAUUUACAACACAUAUAGACAACAAACCAGAUAGUGAUACACUCAAUUUAUUUUCAGUAUUUGAAGAUAUAAAACCUGAUGGUUUGAAUGCAGGUUUAAACCUAUCACUAGAGACAACUCUAACUGAUAAUAUUUCUCAUAUAAAGACAGAGAUAUCAACUGAUUUAUCAGAGCUUAAGAAUAUUCUGAUAAACAACAAUGAAAAUCCAAUAUCAAAUCAGGUUGAAUUAUUAAAGAAGUGCAAGACAAAAACUUAA